GCCCAGUUGACAGCAUGCUGAGCGCGUCCAACUUCUCCGACAACCUGACCGACCCGGCGCUCGGCCUCGACCUGCCGACCAGUCCGUACAGCCUCGUCCAGAAGAUCGCGAUCGCGAUCGUCGCCAGCGUCCUCUCUGUGCUCACCGUCGUCGGCAAUUCCAUGGUGAUGAUCAGCUUCAAGAUCGACAAGCAGCUGCAGACGAUCAGCAACUACUUCCUGUUCUCGCUGGCGGUGGCCGACUUCGCGGUGGGGCUCAUCUCCAUGCCGCUGUACACCAUGUUCACGAUCUACGGAUACUGGCCGCUGGGGCCGCACGUGUGCGACACGUGGCUCGCGCUCGACUACCUCGCGUCCAACGCGUCCGUGCUCAACCUGCUCAUCAUCAGUUUCGACAGAUACUUCAGUGUCACGCGGCCGCUCACGUACCGUGCGAAAAGAACUACGCGCAGAGCGACAUUCAUGAUAGGCGGUGCGUGGGGGUUCAGUUUAGUGUUGUGGCCGCCGUGGAUCUACGCGUGGCCGUACAUCGACGGCGAGCGCAAGGUGCCGCCGCACGAGUGCUACAUUCAGUUCAUAGAGACGAACCAGUUUAUUACGUUUGGGACGGCAAUCGCCGCGUUCUAUGUGCCAGUGACUGUUAUGUGCAUACUGUACUACAGGAUAUGGCGAGAAACGAAGAAACGGCAGAAGGAUCUGCCCAAUCUCCAAGGCGGGAAGAAACACGACUCCUCCAAACGGUCUAACUCCAGUGACGAAACACGGGAGGUAGACGGGCGAGCGCGCUCGGAGUCAGGAGACGCGGACUCCGUGUACCACGUGAGGGGCGCCCUGCAUGAGAACAGAUGGAGGCAGAACCAGUCCUCAAGUUCUCGAAGACCGAAGCGCGGUCUGGCGGCUGUGAGGGCGUGGUGCGUCGCGUGGUGGCACUCCGGGAGAGAGGAUACGGAGGAUACCGAGCCCGAGGAGGAACCCUCGGAUCCUGGGUACGCGACGCCCGUGUCCGUGGAGACGCCACUGCAAAGCUCUGUGUCGAGGUGUACAUCACUUAACGUCAUAAGAGACCCUUACGCGACGCGCGGAGGCUCCAGCGGGUCUGGAGACGGAGGUACUUCUCCCCUCCGCCGCACGUACGACCCCCCCGCAGUGAUGCCCGCCGCAAGGGAUAGCCGGUCUCUCCCCCCUAACACGCGAAUCAACGCCACUACCUCACCAGCACCGAAGUCCGCAUCAGCGGAUUCCGUUUACACCAUUCUUAUCAGACUACCUGAUGUCGACACAGAAAGACCAACGAUCAAGAUGAUUACUGAGGAGUCUCCGCCUCAAGGCAGAACCCACUAUCGGCCGACAAGAGGAGAUUCCGAACUGAACCUGCAUCCAGCUGGACAUGCCGCGCUGACGAGAAGAACGUCUCAUAUACAAGACGUAAGAAUACCUCUCAACGCGAAAAUAAUUCCGAAACAGCUAGCAGGGAAGGGGAUCGCUAAGCAGCCGAAGAAGAAGAAGACGCAAGAGAAGAAACAAGAGACCAAAGCGGCUAAGACGCUCUCGGCUAUUCUCUUAUCGUUUAUCAUAACUUGGACGCCUUACAACAUUCUUGUAUUACUCAAACCACUAACAGCAUGCACGAAAUGUAUACCAGACGAACUCUGGUCUUUCUUCUAUGCUCUAUGCUAUAUUAACUCUACAAUUAACCCAGUGUGCUAUGCAUUAUGCAACGCCACCUUCAGAAGGACGUAUGUGAGGAUUUUGACUUGCAAAUGGCAUAACAGGAACAGAGAGGCGAUGACUAGAGGCGUUUACAAUUAGUCGUGAAUCGUGAUGGGCUUUAGCACUGGUUUCCAGGUUGGAUUCGUGUGAUUUAGCAACAGCGCCAAGACUAGAUUGCCCGGUCUUGGCUUUGUUUUAAUUUUAAUCAUGCAAUCUGGUAUGGAAAGCAAAAUGUGUCGAUUUCUUUCGACACAAAAUGGCAAUCGCAAAAAUAUGGUACGCUGCCGCCGUUACUGAAUCACAAAAAUUUAAACCAAUCAACACCGUUACAAUACAGUUAGAAUUUCCAUGCUGGAACAAAUAUUAGUGCAAUCCUCAAAUAUUUGCUCAAAUCUAGGUGUUGGUAGGUUGUUAUUGAUUCAGCAUUCGGAAUUACACGAGCUUCAGACGGAGCGCGGUUGUCGAGCGUGUUUACUGAACAAAUCAAAUUGCAUGCAUUAAAUUCGAAACUUCUAUUAGUUUGGAAAUUAACUAAAUGAGAUAUAAUAUGAAUACUUUAACUGUAUGGAAGCUGAAAACUUUGCCCGACGUUGUUUUUGUUGAAAGCAAUUUAUUGUGAAACAAUUUAAUUUCAUUAGUGAGUUGAGCAUCCCGUCCAUACGUAGGUAAUUUAGAACGUUGUGUGAUAUUUUGGUUCGCUAGUUUAUUGCUUUCUUAUGUUCCAAAUAUAUUUCUGUAUUGUGUUGGUUUAAAGUUAAUGAAAUACAAUACUUCGAUUUAGUUUGGCCUGGUUAAAUCGAUGUAUGGCGCAGUCCAACUUUAUUUUUGUUUAUUGACUUGGUGUUUGUUUUGCAGCAAGUUAUUGUUCUGUGUCAAGAAAACACAAUCGCAAACUUAGUCCACCAUUUCUGUUCCAGUUUCUUCCAUAAUAUUAACAUCGCCUUUGUUCCUCAUAGAUUUUUAUACGUAGUUUUAUUAUGAAAGUCGUUUUAUUGCCGUUACACAAAGAUACUUGUAUUCAAUACUCAUAUACUAUGUUUCCUUAGACAAAGAGAAUAUUAAUUACCAAAUUUUAUACGGAGUACUUUAAUCAACGUAAUACGGAAACAUUUUUAAAUUAAAAUUUAUUUUAAAAUUUAUCCUGGAGAUAAACAUUUGCCAAAGAUAUAAUUAGGUUUUAGUAUGGAAAUAUUGAAACAUUAACAGAUAGAGGAUAAAACAAUGUCCCUCUAGUUAUUUCUCGAUGUUCUGGAUAAAGGUUGAGCUUCUAGGGUUAAUAUUACGAAUUUAGUGGAUUUCCUAUCACGCUUAAUGCGGGGCAGGUGAGGAAAUUUGAAUUUUGAAAAGGCUUCGAGUUUAUUCCGUUGCUUCCUUGUAUCAAUUGGUAUCAUAUUAUAUAUCCUUUUUAUUUUGUUUAAUCAAAAUUGGUAUGAUAUAAUUAUGUUUCCCAAAAAUGAUAAUUAUGUCGACGGGAAAACCUGUACUAUUAUUUUACUAAUCCUUUCAAAAUAGGCAAUUUUGAGUGCAUAUUGAUAAUUAAAAAUUUUCUGCUUUCUAUACAAGUCUUCAUGAUAAUUUUUAUACUGUUUUUGGGUGUUUGUAAAUAUUUUGUAACACACCAGUGUCCUUGUCUAAGUAUGUUCUUAAGGCCGUAUUUGGCAUGACCAGGUCAUGGUCAGAUGCUUAAGAUUCGACCUAUAUACGCUUGGUUUACGCAAACGAGAUACUGAUUUGUUUAUGAUUCUUGUGGUGGCUUUGUCAAGCGCUACUUGCUAAAAUAUUCCUUGUUCUCAAUUCUGUGUAUGUCAUUGUUAUUUGAUUUUUAUUAGUACCUGAGAUUACCUAUUUAUAAGGGCGACGUCACGCGACGCGCUGUUAAUAUACAUUUUCCACGCGUUAAAGUGCGCAAAUUAGGAUGUAGAACGCAAAUCGCGUUCACAGCGCGUCGUUUAAAAAUUUCGCGUCGUGUGAAUGUGCUCUUAUAUUCUAAUGUCACAAAAAUACGUGCAAAUUCAAGAGAGAGAAACAUGGAAACAGCCUUUAUUUACCAUUCCGCCGAUAGAUGUCGUUAAAUAUUAUUAGUGUUUAUUUGAAAAUCAAAGCAAUAAUCAUAUUGUGAGACGUGGUUCGUGUAUAGAAUUGAAUCUGACGGUAGCAGAGAUAAGAGUAGGAUGUGGUUACAGACUGAUGUGAAUACGACUUAUAAUCAGAAAAACGAAAUAGGUUGGUAAAAACCAUAAUACAUCGAUAUAUAUUUAAACUAUUUCCAUCAGAUAAAAUAUAUCC